AUGCUCUCCCGCAUUCCCCCACAAACCCACAACUCAUACUCGGAAUUCCACGAUUAUGCUCAGCGGCCCGACUUGAUCAACCCCCAACCUCAGCAGCUCGCCUCCAUGCUGCAAACCCAACCAAAGCCUUACGACAAUGACAAUCUGCAGGCUGGUCGCAAGAGGAGGGAGUCAGAGCUCGACCCUCAUGAAUCGAGCGAAACCGCCGCAGUUCGGCGCAGAAUAAGUCGAGCCUGCGAUCAAUGCAACCAGCUCCGUACCAAAUGCGAUGGCAAACAGCCGUGUGCUCACUGUACCGACAAUGCUCUCGUCUGCGAAUAUGCCCGCGCUCACAAGAAAAGAGGCCGGGCGCCUAAGAAAGAGACGGAUACCACAGAUGAACCCAACUUUGCCAAUACUGCUCAACCAAUCUCCAACAAUGCGUCCGCAGUGCGUCAAUCCGCCGGGCCCAGGAAGUAUUCCACGACUUCUUACACUGGUCGCGAUGGCAUGCUGGAUGGGAAUUCCUUACCUACCAACAAUACUCCCCCGAGUGCUGGGUUCGACGCCAACCAUCACCAGGCCACUUUCUUCACCAAUUUUGAUCACUCUGCGGGAGUGAGCAUGUCCGCUGCCCGUCAACUUCACGAAAUUGAUCAGUCCAUGGUUCCGCAAAUCACUCAAAGUCAGGCCAUUGACUUUGCCGUUCCCAGCCAGGCGUAUGCGCCGUCCACCCUCGACUCGAUACAUGUACAAGGGGCAGUACAAGGCUUUGGAUUUCCGCUCGGAGACGACUAUUCAGUCGCCUUUAUGGGGAAAGCACCCAUGGUCGAGUCGCCGGAUUGGCUCGCGCUCACGUCCCCGAUGUUCAUCAACGACCCCUUGCCGGCGCAGCCUCGCAUUACAGAUACACUGAGAUAUCCCGUGCUUCGUCCUUUGCUGCCUCACAUUGAAUCGAUUAUUCCCCAGGCUUUGGCAUGCGAUCUUUUAGAGCAGUACUUCACAAGUUCAACUUCAGCUUAUCUGAGGCCUGCCAACCCAUAUAUACUAGGCUACAUAUUCCGAAAGAAGUCUUUCUUACAUCCUACCGACCCUCGCCCUUGUACUCCUGCACUGCUAGCAAGCAUGUUGUGGAUCGCCGCGCAAACAAGUGAUGCUGCUUUCUUAACAAGUCAGCUGGAUGCCAGAGCUCGGAUCUGUCAACGACUGUUGGAACUCACCAUCAACAUGCUCAAACCUUUAAUUCACAGUCAUCCAAAUACUUCAGUCCCGACGCCGAACCCCAACUAUCCGCAGAUGGGGGCUAACGACGGUGGGCUAGGCGCGCUUGUUGUGCCAACACACUCAGGAGGUCACGGUGUCGAUCGGGCGCAGAUUGACAAUCUGGCGACCUACAUCCACCUGGCUACGGUGGUCUCGGCAAGCGAACGGAAAGCAGCGAGUCUUCGUUGGUGGAAUGCGGCCUGGUCACUCGCUCGAGAAAUUCGACUAGGUCGCGAGCUUCCCCCUAAUCCGCCGGAGCAGGAUGGCGAAGAGAAUAACCCUGCAAGCAAUCACACGGAAGGCCACUCAGGGGAGAACCGAAAGACCUCUGUGGAUGAUACCCGGCGCAAUUCAAUCGGUUAUGUGUCGGAAGAAGAACGAGAAGAACGACGACGGACGUGGUGGCUCUUGUAUAUGCAGGACCGACAUCUAGCGUUGUGUUACAACCGACCCAUGUUUUUCUUGAACAAGGAAUGUGAAAGCCUGCUGCAGCCAUUGGAUGACGAUGCUUUCCAGGCAGGGCGGUUUGACAAGGCUUCGGAUCCAGCGCAUCGGAGAAAAGGGUUGAAUAUCGAAUGCACGUCGCACAGCGUAUUCGGCUAUUUCCUACCUCUGAUGGUGAUUCUCGGAGAGAUAUUGGAUCUCAAUCACGCCCGCAACCGACCACGGUUCGGACCUAGAGCCAACAAGGCUAAAAACUGGGACGAUCAUACAGACGAGAUCACUCAACAAUUAGAGACAUAUGGACAGAGUCUGAAGGAUUUCGAGGCAUCUGGCGGACAUUUCCAAGAUACGAGCCAUAACGAUGUGGUCACCCCAUCAGUGGUGUCAGCCGGAACGAAUGACUCUCACAGUGCUUCAGAACUGGCCCUGCAGACCAAAACAGUGGUAGCAUAUGGGACGCAUAUUAUGCACGUGCUGCAUAUCCUGUUGACUGGCAAGUGGGAUCCGAUUGCGUUGCUCGACGACAAUGACCUCUGGAUCUCUUCCCAAUCAUUUGUGACUGCCACGGGACACGCGGUGAGUGCCGCGGAGGCAGUGGCCGAAAUCAUCGAAGACGAUCCCGACUUGAGCUUUAUGCCCUUCUUUUUCGGCGUGUACCUUCUCCAAGGCAGUUUCUUGCUAUUGUUGUUCGCCGACAAAUUACAAGGCGACGUAAGUCCCGACGUGGUCAAGGCGUGCGAGACGAUUGUUCGAGCGCACGAGGCGUGUGUGGCCACGUUGGAUACCCAGUAUCAGCGCAACUUUCGGAAGGUGAUGCGAUCAGCCCUUCAACAAGUGCGAGGUCGCAUUCCUGAGGAUUUGGCUGAGCAGCAACAUUGGAGACGCGAGGUGCUUGCCUUGUAUAGGUGGACUGGUGACGGCACUGGGCUUGCGUUGUAA